GGCUGAACCAGUGAGACGAGAGCCUUAUUGAAUCAUUGGCGUUACAAGCUUGAUUUAUUUUGCUACUCUACUUCUGGUUUCGAGGCAGAACGACAAGAUGAUCGAGGUGGUCUGCAACGAUCGUCUGGGCAAGAAAGUCCGGGUAAAGUGCAAUUCUGAGGACACCAUCGGAGACCUGAAGAAGCUCAUUGCAGCCCAGACGGGGACGCGGUAUGACAAAAUCAUCUUGAAGAAAUGGUACACCAUAUUCAAGGACCACGUGUCACUGGGAGACUAUGAGAUCCACGAUGGCAUGAACCUGGAGUUGUACUAUCAGUGAAAGGAAGGCUCAUUCUGUCAGGAGAUGAUGACAUCAUUAGUAUUUUUUGGCCAAACAAAUUGAUAAUGUGUGAAUUGUUUUGUUUGGUUUCUUUUGAUAUUUUGAAAAAUAAAGUGGAUAUUUACCAACAAUCAUGAAAA